AUGUCAAGUAUACCACCAGGAGGAGGCGGAAGUGCUGCUCCGCCCCCUUUACGUCCUCCACCAGCUGCUUCCUCGCUUUCCGCACCCCUAAUAGCACGCAUUCCAACUCAAGGCUUCGCAGGUUACAACUUGGCUUGGUCUCCUUUCUAUCCCGACAAGUUAGCCCUUGCAGGAGCUGCCAAUUAUGGCCUGGUGGGCAAUGGUCGGGUGCACAUAUUUGGCACGGGAGCGAUUGGGGGCGCAGGAAGGGGAGGUGGAGCAGCUGGAAUCAGAGUAGAGAAGGGCUUUGACACGCAGGAUGGGUUGUAUGAUGUAGCUUGGAGCGAAAUGCACGAGAACCAAUUGGUGACAGGUAGUGGCGAUGGGAGCAUCAAGUUGUGGGACAUUACGCUAGCGGCGACUUAUACGAACAAGUGUCCUUCAUCUUUUCAGGAGCAUCCCAUAAGGAAUUGGGCAGAGCACACGCGCGAAGUGUUCAGUGUGGACUGGAACAAUCUCAAGAAAGAGCUCUUCGCAUCUAGUAGCUGGGACGGGAGCGUCAGAGUGUGGCAUCCCGAACAACCGAGAUCUUUAUUGGCCAUCGGCUCCCAUUCCGCUUGCGUCUAUGGGGUAGCUUGGUCUCCACACAACCCGGACCUUCUCGCGUCAGCUUGUGGAGAUGGGCAUCUGAGGCUGUUCGACGUCCGGCAGGGUCCCAAUGCACCUCCCGCAGCUGCUGUGCCAGUCGGAGGAGAAGUGUUGAGUCUGGACUGGAACAAGUACCGGCCCCUGCAUAUUGCGACUGGCAGCACCGAUCGAGCGAUCAAGGUGUGGGACCUGAGAUCAGCAGCCAACAGAUCCGUGCCGCAGCCGCCCGCUUCUUCCGCCGGCGCUGGACCGCUCGGGGGAGAAAUCUCGACAGUCUUGAUGGGACACGAAUACGCGGUUCGUAGAGUCGCCUGGUCACCUCACAAUGCGAGCAUUCUGGGAUCCACAUCGUACGACAUGUCGGCUAGGAUAUGGGACGCUGAUGUUGGAGCUGCAAUCCAAUCUGGACCUCGUAUAGGCGCUCAAGGCGCUCUCAGAAGAAGACACGACGCACAUACGGAAUUUGUGGUGGGCAUGGCUUGGAGCCUGUUUCAACAAGGCGUCGUCGCUACUUGUGCGUGGGACUGCGAAACACAUCUUUGGGCUGCCGGAUAG